AUGAACGAGCAGGACGGCCCGGUUUCGAAAUCCAACACAUCCAACCUAGAAGUUCCGCACGAACAACUCUUGGUACCUGGGCCUUCCUCCGCCCCGCUUUCGCCAGAGGCGCAACAUGUUCCCUUUUUUGGCGCAUCGCCAGGUGGACGCGUAAUGUUGACAUUCCCUUCUCGAAACUCGCCGUACCCGGCAUCCUCUCCUCGACCAGCGCGCUACGAAACGAUCACACCCGUCUCAGAGCUACCUGCAGGAGACGGUAAUCAAUCGAUACCUGAGAAAACAGCUCCCUUGCGACUCGUAACAGACGAAAGUCUAGCUCUAUUGCUCAACUCGAAUACCCAUGACUUUGACCACCAAACGAGCUCUGACCCAAGCGAAAAUAACAUAGAAGCCUGGAUAGAAGCUUCUAAGCAAACAAUUAUCGAUGUGAAUAAUAAAAAGCAGCCUCUACCAGAAGGAGAUGGCAAGUCAUGCGACGAGUCAGGAAGUGCUACUCGUCGUUAG